UCAGUAGCAGGCUAGUGUCAGGCAGUGUAGCAGUGUGUGGGUCUGUAAGAUCUUGUGGCUUCUCCCUUCCAUUCCCACACGGCAACAUUCGCCACUUCAUUCACCAUCUGACCCACGGAAGAAGCUUACGUACUGCCAAACACUCUCCCUCAUCACCUUAGUUACUCUCCACCAUGCUACGGUCUGCUAUGAGGUGGUCCUGCCUGGCGAGGGUUGCUGGGAAGGCCAACCUACAGCCUGCCGCCGCCUACUCUGCCGCAGCACUCCCGCAGCCCAUUACCUCCCCUGAUAUCCACUGCACCGGGGUGUUCAUCAACAAUGAGUUCCACAGGUCGGAAAGUGGCAAGCAGUUCCCAACAAUCAACCCAGCCACAGGGGAAGUCAUUGCCAUGGUGGAGGAGGGAGAUAAGACUGAUGUGAACAAGGCAGUGAAGGCAGCACGGGCGGCCUUCGAGCUGAACUCUGAAUGGCGGCAGAUGGAUGCUUACGAUCGAGGGCAGCUCAUCUACAAGCUGGCAGACCUCAUUGAGCGGGACAGGGUGUACCUAGCGAGCUUGGAGACCCUGGAUAAUGGAAAGCCUUACACCAACUCCUUCAAUGCUGACCUGGAGUUGGUUAUAAGGAAUUUGAGGUACUUUGCUGGCUGGGCUGACAAGAUCCAUGGCAAGACCAUUCCCACCGACGGGCCGCACUUUGCCUACACGCGACAUGAGCCCAUUGGUGUGUGUGGCCAGAUCAUUCCCUGGAACUUCCCUCUCCUGAUGCAGGCGUGGAAGUUUGGACCAGCCCUAGCCACAGGCAACACAAUUGUAAUGAAGUUGGCUGAGCAGACGCCCCUCACUGGCCUGUAUGUAGCCAAACUGGUGGCUGAGGCCGGCUUCCCCGCUGGUGUAGUGAAUGUCAUCCCAGGCUACGGUCCCAGUGCGGGCGCUGCCAUCUCCUCCCACAUGGAUGUGGACAAGGUGGCCUUCACAGGCUCCACUGAGAUUGGACAACUGGUGCAGCAAGCGGCCGGUGCCAGCAACCUGAAGAAGGUCACCCUGGAGCUGGGCGGCAAGAGUCCCAACAUUGUGUUCAAGGAUGCAGACCUAGACCAUGCUGUGGAGACCUCCCACUUUGGCCUCUUCUUCAACCAGGGCCAGUGCUGCUGUGCUGGUUCCAGAAUCUUUGUAGAGGAUGCUGUGUAUGAUGAGUUUGUGGAGCGCAGUGUUGAGCGAGCCAAGGUGCGCACAGUGGGUAACCCUUUUGACCUGACCACAGAGCAGGGACCCCAGGUGGAUGGAGAGCAGAUGAACAAGAUCCUGGAGCUUAUUGAGUCUGGCAAGAAGGAAGGCGCCAAGAUGUGUGUGGGAGGAAACCGCAAGGGAGACAAAGGAUAUUACAUUGAGCCAACAGUGUUCGCUGACGUGGAGGACCACAUGCGCAUUGCUGAAGAGGAGAUCUUUGGGCCGGUGCAGCAGAUCUUCAGGUUUAAGGAUAUGAAUGAGGUGAUCAAGCGUGCCAAUGCCACCAAAUAUGGGCUGGCAGCGGCAGUGUUCACCCGAGAUCUGGAUAAGGCAAAUGUCUUUGCCCACGGGCUGCGGGCUGGCACUGUCUGGAUUAACUGCUAUGACGUCCUCAACGCCCAGACACCCUUUGGAGGAUACAAGGCGUCCGGCCAAGGAAGGGAGAACUCAGAGUAUGCACUGAGGAACUACUACGAGGUGAAGGGUGUCAUCACAAAGCUGCCCGUCAAGAACUCUUAAGGAACUAAUGGAAACACAUGUCCUCCUGGCCUCACCUGUCAGGAUGUGGUGGGCAUGGACAUGAUGGUGCCUCAGUGCUGUCUCCAGGAACUUGAGGCGGUCCUGGCACUGCCUGAGCUGGGUGCGGAGACUCACCUUGAUGGUCUCCUCCCCAACGCUGCCAAAUUCCUGCUGGGAUAGGGAGGGAAAAGGGUUAAUGAUGGGGCAUUGGAGGCAGAUAUCUAUGUAAAAAUUUUCCUCUUUUUCAUGGUGAUACUUCUCUACAGAUUCAUACAUUUUCUACUGAAAGUAAAUAGUCUUUCAUUAU